UAUACUGAUAUCAACAUGGUCAUACUAGUCUACCAGUCCACUGUCAUCGCUAUGUUCUCUUAUGACAUCACAUCUGUGAUCCUGGACACCCGCUCAGUGUUCUUUUGGAGGGUGUUGAGAGCACACGUGCUAUUGUACGGCUGAGCAUUUUUUAUGCGUUUUUGGAAUAUGGGGUCUUCAAAUCACCACCAAGAAGCCCUGAAUUCAAAGGGAGGGAGAAAAAGGCGUAGAGAGGAGCUAUCACCAUCAGAGCCCCUGAAAAAGAAGCCACGUCUGGACAUAAAGGACGGUGGAAGAAAAAGGAAAAGGCCAGAUAACAGCCUGGAUGGACCAGCCAAGAAGAUCCGAAAAUGUGGAUCACAGGCUGAAGUACAGGACAAAGAGCCCAGACCAGGACCAAGCGGUGACUACUCUGCAGGCAAUGAUACCAUCACCAAGAGUAGGUUUACCUACGAGUCUUAUAUCGGAAAGGGCGGCUUUGGACAAGUGUUAAAAGUCAAGGAUGAAGUCUUAAAUAAGACGCUAGCAGUUAAAAUUGUGGAAGAAGGCUCCUCAGCAUCGGCAAGAAGAAGGAUUGAUGUAGAGAAAGAAGUUUUACAACUUGCUGCAGGUAGCCCUUUCUUAAUACACUGUUAUUUGACAAUUCCAUUUGAAAAAAAAUGGUGCUUUUUUAUGGACUUUGCCUCUGGGGGAGAUCUACAUGGCCUCCUGAAAAAGAAAGGAUGUCUCCCUACUGCCGAUGCCACAUUCUACGCAGCCGAAAUUACAUCUGGCCUGCAGUUUCUUCAUGGCAAAGGCUUUAUCCACAGGGACAUAAAACCGGAGAACAUUCUCAUAGACUGCACUGGCCACUUACGCAUCAGCGACUUUGGCCUUGCCCUAAAACAAACAGAGGGUAUCACAGGAUAUGCGGGAACCCGUGGAUAUGUAGCCCCAGAGGUUAUCGCAAGAAAAGUAUACAACAUUGCAGCAGAUUGGUACUCCUUUGGGGUAGUUAUCUUCCAGUUAACAACAGGACAAGAACGCCUCAAGUGCAAAAUCUCUGAACUGUCACAAUAUCAACUUGACAGCAGUGUUGAAGCCAUUUUAAAGGAGCUGCUGAAUGAAGAGCCAAAGGAAAGACUGGGAUAUCAGGGCUGCAUAAGAUCACACCCCUUUUUUAGAGACAUUGACUGGGCAAAACUGGAUGAAGUGAAAUUACCACCACCGUUCAUACCAUCAAUGCCCAGCUAAAAAUUGACAUUCUAUGCCUGCCACCAGGGAAAAUAACAGAUCGGCGAGGCCAUCAUCCUGGAGGCCGCAAGGCACUAACUUCACUGUCCAAGGGCUGGGAGAAGUGGAUUAUUUCUCUGGAAGCACCUGUGGAUGACAAUACCGGUACUGACAGACAUUAAUGACAAACAGCUCACUGAGGAAAAGAAGAUACCGCUCUGCACGGCAAUACGGUGAUCAGUGUGCUGGAUAUUAAAGAGUACCUAUCAUAAAAACUUAAUAUAUUGUUCAUUAAUGUCUCCUUUCUAAUUGCAUGUUAUUAUCUAAAAUGUUUACUUAAAUAUAUUUAUUAUUCAUUCUAACAUAUGACCACUAGGGGUCUCCCUACAUGUCUGUUUCUCAUAGAUUUCGGACUCAUGCCGUCCUGGCACGAGUCUGAAAUCUCAGUGCAGCUGGGCUGACAAGCAAGCACAGCAGAGGUCAUUGGGCUCCAACAGCAACACGGCAACUCUGUGCUCCGAUCCUCCUCCUUUCUGUAAGACACAUGCUUUAGUAAACUGAGAGGAGGAGACUCAGGAGCUGCUGGCUGUGCUGUUCUCAUGCAUAGAGGGAUUGCAGCAUAGAGGAGGAGGCCACGCACCCUUCCUCCCUCCACAUGAACUGCAAAGUGAGAAGAGAAGAAGAGAAAAGGUACAAAGGGGGGUGUUUAGGGAAAACAAUGUAGGGUUAGUGUCAGGUAGAGUCAGGGACAGAUGAGGGGUGGCUUACUCAAGUUCAUUUUGGCAAAAUGUAGACUUGCUUUUUUAAGUCUCUUUGUCAGCAGUGGGGUCCUCCUGAGCCUCCUGCCAUGAGUUUCAUAUAAUUUAAAUCUCGACAGAUAGUUUGCGCCGACAUUGAUGCUCCCUGAGCCUGCAGGACAACUUGAAUAUCUUUGGAAACUUAUUUGGGGCUGCUUUAAUCAAUAUCUCUCUUCCGUCCACGCCCAGGGAGAUUAGCUACAGUGCCAUGGGUUGCAAACUUCUU